AUGCUCUCGGUGACGCUUAUAGCCUCUUUGUUAGGCUCAUCAAAAACACAAACGUCGUCUACGCUCAGAGACGCCGGAAUAUGUGUGCAAGAUUUGCUGCCUACUUCCGCUCUCCGCGCGACCUUCAAGAAGAGCUCCACUCCUCCCAAUGGACUUGCUGUCACUUCGACUCAUAUAUUCGCUGCGCAAAUUGAUAAAUCUGUGGUUCAUGUAUAUAGCCGACUGAAAGGCAAUCAAGAAGCUACAGUGCCAUUUCCGGAACGAAUUCGAAGUUUGGCCGUAGCAGGGGGCCACAAUGGUGAAAUUCUGAUUUUGGGCACAGAGGGUGGGCGCUUGAUUUUAUGGGAGACGUGCACCGGUCGACAAGUCUCUACUACUCCUUCCCAUCUUCGACCGGUGACCUCACUCGUCGUCGACCCUACGUCGAACAUCAUCCUAUCUGGCUCGGCCGAUGCCAACGUCCAUAUAUGGUCCAUCCCACAACUAUUAUCUUUUUCGAGACCGGUCUCGACAGGACAAGACCAAAAGGCACUCAACUCGCCUAUACGAACAUUCGGCAAUCAUCGAACACCAAUUACGGCUCUCGCCAUCGGACAUGGCUCGGGUCGCAGUAACAUUGCCAUAUCUGCAGCCCAAGAUAGUACGGCAGUAGUGUGGGAAUACGCGACAGGAAAGGUACUCCGAACAUUUUUGUUACCUUCCGUGGCAAUAUCUAUCACAGUUGAUCCGGCGGAUCGAGCUUGUUAUGUUGGCUACGAGUCCGGCAACGUCCAGCGCAUCGGCUUUUAUGAAACGAUGUCCGCUCAGCACCCUCUAUAUGACCAAAGACUUCAGAAUACGCCAUCUCAGUUGAAUGAUGAUCAACAAUGGACUGUUCCGUCGGCGGAUAAGGGUGCCACGACGGCCUUGGCCUUGUCUUAUGAUGGCAUGACUUUGUAUUCAGGACAUCCGAACGGCUCCGUUCUAUCAUGGGAUAUAGCACGAGGGAAAUUCUCGACUACGAUAGCAGACUACAUGAGCCCGGUAACCAACCUACAUAUGCUUCCACCUGUAGGAUUCCCUGCCAAAUCGAAUCAUGAUUCCUCUCGAUUCACAAUUCCAACCAUUGUCAAACCUCGAUACGAACAGAAUAUACCAGACAAGUCUCUUGGGGAUGGCAUUAUUCCAUUUAACUACGCCCUGAAUGUCCAACUUGUGUCACCGGCAUCAAAAACGGAUGUUUUCAGUGAAGCCCUCACACAUCCUGUCUUUCCAACAUCUCUAUUGGAAGAAGGCCUCGCGGAGUUGGCAGCACUUAAUGAUAACCAGGAUGUACUAGAAGUUACCAUAUCAAAUGGUCACUCAACAGCUGCUGCGGUUGAAUCCUCCCAACUCGCCGCCAUGGAAGAGGAAAUCACGACCCUCAAGAAACAACUCUCGAUCAACGAAGCCGCACGACGCGCAGACGCCGAGGAGACCGUGAAACUCAAAACCAGUAUCCGUGAACUACAAGACUCAAACAAACGAUACCAACAUUUACAAGCGAAAUACGAGCAACUCAAAGUUGUUGCACUUGCAGAAAAGGAGGACCGUGAUCUUGAACAGCGCAAAGCUUGGUUUGAAAGUGAAAAGGCCGGUGUGAAUGGCGAUGGGGUUUUGCGAGAAGCUCGAGCAGCCUAUAGAGACUUGGAUGAGAUGGGUGAAUGA